GGGCUGAUUGUGAGGCCAAAACACCAGCAUAAAAGAAAGAGGAAGAGCAAGGGGAUCAACAAAGGCAACAAUUUAAGAUGUGAGUGAGCAGUUUCAUAAUGUCUUAAGGGAAAAACCAUAAAACACCUCUUAUAAACUGUGGGCUUAUACAUGUUUGUAGAGGUUUCUGGGGGGGGGGGAGGGGGUGUUAAUGGAGAGGCUUAUAAUAGGAAUAGAGUAUGUCGUGAUGGCCAUGUUGAAGGAGUAAAACAAUAGAACCAUUUUCCUUUGGGAAAUAAUUUCAAUUUCGUUCAAAUAUUUUUAUAUUGUUUACUUCUCUAUCAUGGCCGCCGCACACAGACUCUAUAGGAAAAGCCCUUCAGCCUGGUUGUGGGGUGGGGGUGCUUACAAUCUGAUGUUUUUUCUUGUUUACAGCUAGACGGGCCUUUAAUUGGUGGGGCUUAUAUGUGGCAGUGAUGGAUCCACAUUUUCUCCCUUUGGGGGAAGUAGUUGAUUGAACGGGAAUGGGUAAACAAUAUCAACCAGUGUAUCACUCAUAGUCAACUUUUUAUUUACCUUAUAGCUGAUUGUUUUCUGUUAAUACAAUAGACCUCUUUAGUUUGUUUGUUUUGUUUUCCCAAUUAUAGAGGACUCAGGGGAAUUUGCUCCUUUUUCUUUCAUAAAUUAUGCGUUGGUAGGCACAUGAAUAAGACAAAGUUUGAAAGAAACAAUUCUCUAGAAUAUCAUCACAUGACCUGUAUUGGGAAAACAGAAUAUACAAGCUAAAGAGGUCUAUUUGCAUGUAAAAGCAAUAAAGAAACUGAUGCAAAACAACUGAAUUUUUUCUAUACUGACAUGAAAGAAAUGUGUGUUAUGCAUUUUAAAUUUUGAUAGAUGAUCCUUACUCUGAUGAAAAAGUAAAAGGAGAUCCUCACAAAACUAUCUUCAUAGCAAGACUUGUAAGUGAUGUUAACUGAUGUACUUUGCUCCUAACUGUUGAUUCACUCUGAAAGUGGAAGGGUUUCAUUUACACUUUAUACAAUACCAUUGACUAGGAUUCAUUUAUUCCUUCAUUUAUUCAUUUAUUCAUCCAUUCAUUCAUUUGUUCAUAUAUUUUUGCCAUACACCACAUUACAAAUAUACCGUUAUUACGGCAUAUACAUUUAGUCCCAAGUUGAAAUAUAUAAGAAUCAAUUGAUGUUAGUAUAAGUAGCUAAUGUUAGAUUUUUUCCAUGGCUAAGGCAAAGAAGCCUAUGUAGAAGUUGGGGACUUAUGAACUAUAGGCUUCCUAAGAAUAUAGAAUAUGCUGUAUAAAUUGUUGAGGACUGAAUAUAUAAAAAGUUUGUUGGCUAUACAGAAAAUGACACAAAAUAGCGCAGACAAGAAGAAAACGACUGUCUAGCUGAUAUAAGAGUUUAAUAAAGAAUUCUAGCUUGUUUUCCUGUGGUAUGUGUUUGUCUCGUCUUUAUUUGUAAUUUUUUGCUUAUGUGAUUUUAUAUGAAAUUUUCCAAGGACUAUAACACCACCGAAGACGCGAUAUCUGAAAAUUUAGGGAGGUAUGCAGAAUAAUUUUUUUGUGCUUAGCUAGUCUCUAGUUAUAGUACAUGACUGAGCUUAAGUUUGGAGCAUGCUGAUUGUAACAAAAAUGAAAGCACUCUUAAAUGCAAGAACAUGGACAUAGAAUAUCAGUAAGAGAAAAACUGAAUAACAGUGGUCCAAACUACUUCUAACUUGGAGUUUGUUUCAUUUACUUUACGUCCUUCCUUGAAGUCCUUUUUUUAUACUUCCUUGUCCUGAAGUUAAAUUCCGUAUUCACAGCAAAGAUUGCUUCGAUCAGUACUGACCAGGUCUGAAAUAUAGAACAGAUAUUUUCUUUUUCACUUUUAAAACAGGUAUGGAGCAAUUAAAAGCCUUCGACUUGUCAAGGACACAGAAUCUGGGAAGUCCAAAGGAUAUGCUUUUCUUGAGGUAUGACGUGUAUUGUCUGUAGUUCAUUCAAAACAUUUCUCCGUGUUUGAUUGGCUCAAAUUCCCUGGCCACUUCCUCAUAGCCCGCUAGAGUUUGGAAGAAGUUUGUGUUAAUGCAGGCUCUUAGUAGAAAAUGCAUGGCAACGGAGAUGUCCCGGGGGCGAGGUUGUGUUAACUCAGCUUUUUUUGGUGGAGCUGGAGAAAAUGGGGAAAAAUUUCUCACGUUUUGCGAAGAAAAAAUAGCCGAUCUUCUGCCUAAAAACACUUCAACCCGACGGAUAACAACUGCUAUUUUCAGAAUAUCUGCUAGACUGAACGUCCCUUUAUAUCCUGAAUUUGCCGAGGAAAAGACAGUUAAAGACGGGAACCUAACAUCGGUCAAGGCAGGUUUUUAAAGAAAGGACUAUUUUGAAUGAAUCAUAAAACAAAAAUUAUUAUUGGAUUUGGCUUUCGCGAGAUAUGAAGAAUUAUACAGAUCGGGGGGGGGGGGGGGGGGGGGGGGUUAUUUUACCCCUCCCUUUUACUUUCCGUAGGUUUCUUUUUCGGACCCGGGGAAAUUAACACUGAAAUAAACAGACAAUAUGGAAUAAGCGAUACCAUGGGGCGUCGCUAAAGGGGAGGCCCAACGAAUAUUGUCUGAGCAACGAGUUUACAUUUUGAAAGCGAUGUCAAACAAUGGGAAAAUUUAAAAUGAAAGUAGUAAUAGAGACAGUACAAAAUAAAAAGAAGAGGGAAAAAAGAAAAAAAAAGAAAAAGAAACAAAUCAGAAAGGAUAAGUUUAAUAAAAAAAAAAAAUAAUAAAUAAAAAAAAAAAAAAAAAAUAAUAUGGUUGGGGGGGUGGGGGGGGGGGGAGGAAGGAGGGGGGGGGGGGGGGGGGGGGGGGGGGGGGGGGGGGGGGAUACUUUCUGCCUCCUUCUUGAUCUGCGUAAGUUUAUUUUUCGGGCCCUGGAAGUUUAACAGUUGAAUAAAGCUACCAUUUGGAUAAAUCACUACCCACUGGAUAGUGCAAUUGGGUUCCCUAAUAGUUAUCUGCUGGAUAAUGAUUUAUCCAUUGGAAAGCGCUGUCCAACAUUUGAAAAACUCGGGCGAGAUGAUAAUCAGCCUCGUUCAAUAAUUGCUGAUUAUUCAGAUCAGUCAAAAAUUAUCCAGUGAUAUAACCAAUGAAUUCUUGUUUUAGGCAGGAAAAACGGUUAAUUUUUACUCCUAAUCUUUUAGUUCUCAGAAGCAAGUCAUGCUGAGAAGGCUCUAAGAGAAACCAAAGACGAACGAUUGAUAGUUGAUGGAAAAAAGGUAUUUCAGAAGAAUAAAGUAUGCCAGUUUGUGUUUUUGUUACCUGUCUCAGUUAAGUUACAUUUUGUUUCUUAUGUGAAGUUAGAUUCAACACAGUGGUUGUCACAGCAGCGAUAUCCACUCUUUCUUCUUUCAAGGUUCUUGUUGAUCGAGUGCGAGGUGGUGUAAUACCUUCCUGGCUGCCGCGCAGACUAAGUGGUGGCCUGGGACAGAGGCAGAAAGGAACACAAAGAUUUACAUGGAAGGUAUAUACCAGUCCCCUCGCUGUUUUUUCUGCUCACAUCUCUUUUCGCCGAACGUCUCGAAAAGGCUACAUGUCCUACAUGGAAGGUGAAAUGAGUGACGUGAAAAGUCCAAAAUGAACUAGAGAUGACUUGUCCACAAACUGUAAAGUUCUUUCGCUUAGCCCACACUUAGAUUACGGUGAACUCUUUUUCACGAGUGCAAGAAGUUAUUGUUUUUUAAAAAAAAUAAAAUUCGAGAUAAAUUUACUUCAACUUUUACGGGGAAAGUAGGGUAAAAUGCGUAAGGCUAAAUUGAUAUCCGUUAUUAUGCUGAUAACAGAAAUAUAUUUGUUUUUUAUUAGCUUCCAUACUUUGGGGACGUAUCCCGCAUAGAUCAGAAAGACAUUGACCGAAAACAACUUAUGUGGCUGGAACACAACAGGUUCGUUGAGUAUAGGCAUAACGUACGUUUCUUGUAG